CAGAUCUGGGCCUUUGGAGACAGGACAUCGACUCCUUCACCGCGCAACAAGAUUCUUUAGGGACCAACUUCUGGAAAAGGAAGGAACCGACGCCUCUAUCAGAAUGGGCGGUGAGGCUCUGAACUCAAUAUCUCAAGACGUUGCCAACCUUGUUCUCGAUGAUGGCCCAAGGAACCCGGCCCCCUUCGCGGCAUAUGAUUCCGAACCUCCUCCGCCGCCCAAGUUGAAGAGUCGAGGGGUCAUAGCUAUGGAUAUCACAGAGCAGUUCACCAACGCUGCCCAGCAGCUGGAUAUGGGCCAGCUGAUUAAAGACUCAUAUUUUACUCUAUUUGAGUCCGUGGGUGCUUUGGAGAUCAUGGACCGCAAGAUGGAUAGUGGAUACCUAGAAUCAGGUGAAACCAUGGAAGAUGAGUACGAUUUCAGUGAAGCCUUACUUCCUGAAGAAAUCAUUGGGAUUAUCGAUCAGCUUCUAUGCCAUGAGAUGGCCUGGCAUAUGGGCCACCCUCUCUCACAAACUAUCUUCACCAGCCUUUACAUCGACAGACUUUUGUCACCAUGUCCCCUCAAUCUGGAUCAGACCUACUUUGAUAGGAGUGAGAGUUGCUCAUCGAAUGAGCCUCUGACCCUCCAGAUCUUAAGAGCAUACUGCCUUGGCCUCAUCAGAACAUGUUCAUAUAUCAACAACCGAGUCAAAGCAGAACACUACUACGAGGAAGAAGACUUCGUUACGCAUACAUUCAACAGAAGUUUACUGGAAAAUAUUGACCAUGAGUCUAUAUUGAAACUCCUCGAUGAAACAGCGGAGCUGCUUUCUUCAUCACAGGAAAUGGGACCUAAUCUAAGGAUAGCCUUAGGGUGCCGACUUCGAUUCAGAGCUCAAUUUCUUAAAGUAGUCGAAAUGGCAGAUGCAAGGAUGCCCACAAAUAUCAAAGAUUUGUGGACAGAUCUUCUAGCAGCUUUGCCAGAUAUUAAAUCUUCAACCCACCUUGGAAAAGCAGUACCAGCGUCUUUCAGUACCAAAAUACAGCGGAAAUUAGCCAGUACGGUGCCGCCACGGCCAAUUGUUCAAGUCAGCCAAGGUGCGGCUUUUGAACACUUAGAGAGACUUUGCCGAGAUGCUUCAGUGGUAGUUGAAGUGCUCAAAUAUUACGAGAGUCAUAGCCUUAUGACGUUUGUGAUCUUGUUUCAGACUCGAAAGCCCCAGCCGUCAGUCUAUGCCCGCACCUUAUUGCAACACUACUUGUUCUGUGACAUGGUAAUCCUCGGCACCAUGUCCAUUCGGCAAGUACUGGAUGACGACUUGGCAGCAACCGUUCUGCCAGCUCAUAAGCUUCUCGACAGAGGAAAUGACGACAUUGAGGUACCGCAUGACCCACGACACAAUAUGGCAGCCCGAAUGGAGAUAUUCCGGUCUCGUGCAGCGGGCUCAUAUUUAGAUAUUCUACGUACCAUUUGCCAGAAUCGGUGUAGGAUACGUCGUACAUUGUGCCAUACCAUCGCAGAUUGGGACAAUUUGCAGCUCGACGCUGAAGAGCUUGAUCAAGAGUUGCGAGAAUUCACAGAAGAAGAACCAACCGUCGAUCCUGAAAUCUCGAAUGAUCCUAUCUAUUCCUUCCCAUUAUCUUCUUGGGCUUACUUCUACAAACUACGGCAAAUGGAAUGGAUUGUGCAGCUUGGAUUCGAGCUUGACACGUAUCAGCCGGAUGAGCUGGUAGGAAUGUAUUGGUAUCUUCAAUACCUGGCAAAGACGAGAAGCCGCCACCUUGAACGAAUGAGAGGCUUCAUCAUGCGAAGCUAUGCUUCCUUUCGCCGAAAUCCUGAAACAGCAGGGCAAAAGCAGGUAGAAUAUGCCAAUGCUUUCUCCUUCGUCAAUUUUUCCACCAUGGAAGCUGCUGCGACAUACGGCUUUGCGGACGCUCUUUCCUGUUUAUAUACAGUUCUAAACAGGCUCUCUCUGAUCCCCUCACCAUCUCGACCGUACAGCGAUGAUAGCAUGCGGUAUGAAGUACGAAUGAAGCCGUUCUCUACCAUUGGCCUACCAGAGCUGAUACAAUUCGACGAUUUGACUCAAUUGAUCACACAGCCAAAUGAAUCGACGAUUGAUAUCAUCAAUUUUGCUGCCGAAUCAGUGAUGGGAGCGAAGAAGGGAUUCGAGAUCCUCAGUAAGCUGAAUGCGAAAGAUGCAUAUUGCCAGGGUUCUCAUGACAGCUGGUUGAAGAACAUCAAGGAUUGCUUGAAAGCAUGUAUCUUCACUAGCAUUACCAUCUCCACGGUGAAGAAACUUGUUGAAGCAGCAGGGAAAGAUGGUAAAGUCAAGGCGAAAGUUGAGAUACCUGCGGCCGGGAAGGGAUAUCAUGAUUGGUGGAUUGUGCCCAAGGUCAUACCUUGAGGUUCUUGGUUUCAUUUCUCAUAGACAAAUAUAGAACUUUCGGACGUUGUUUAUCUGUUAUUGGUGUUUUCUCUCUCGAUAGAGCUUGCAAUAAAGUCAAGGCACGUCUUCCUGGGAGUCGCUGUGUUCGGUGUAAUAUCACUAUUAUGCAAAGCUGUAGAACUCCCCGUACACAUACCAAGUGGGC